ACUGCAAAAAUAGCGAUUUGGCAGCCUCAUCUACCGUACACGUACUGUGUAGUACCUGUUUAAUUGAGUUGGUUUUUGUUUACAACAGAGAAGGAAUAGUGCUUGUUUCUUCUUGUUGGGGCAACGGAUAAUAUUCAAGCUGCUUGCGGCGUUGGUUUGGUUUCAUUCGGUACUCUCUGACAGAAUCGAUUUGAUUUCAAAAAUACAUGUCAUCCACCGGUCCUGGUGAGCAGAGGCCACAAAGUGAGCGUGCACCAACGCAGCUUCCGACCAGUAACGUGUUGCCUUGUCCCCAAAACUACAAUGCAUGCGAUCCUACUCCAGAUCCGAGAAUCGCGACAACAUCAACUCCUCACCAGGUUAAUAAUAGGGACGUCGGCCAAAAUGACACAUGUACGACUGAAUUCAACGACGAAUCGCCACUCGGCACCACGAAAUCAGUUGUUGCUUUGAUGGAGCGCUACCAUAAAAAUGCGCAGUCCAAAGAUGAUGACGAAGAUUCACUCUUGCAAAGAGAUCCCGGUGCAUUGCAUAUUCCUUCGGGAAUCCACGUCGAGCAUAGCUCGAAGGAAUACACGCUCGAUGACGUUAUCAAUUCUAACAAUGAAGGAGUGGACGUGUCCGAACAUAUUCGUAGUCUGGAAAAAUGUCCUCCGAACCAAACUUUAUCAACGUCAAGUUUGUUGCCUAGAAUCCACGACUCAUUUCUGGACAAUAUGGAGCUUAACAAAGAUCAAUCCCAGGAUGGGCUCGAAGAAAAUGUCGGCCAACUAUUCUUAACUGACAGUGAGUGCCGGAGACCAGAAGAAGAAAACAGCAGCAGCAACAUUUCGGAGUUGACCAUGAAGUUGGCACAGCUUCCUACUGUCGGAAAGAUGAAUCAUCAUCAUCAUACCAAUGCCUUUCGUCCAUCUUCAGAGGAUUCGAUGACACUUCCUACUACAAAAAAGACCGGAGCCGACAUGUAUUACGAAAAUGCUGCCAAGAUAUUUCCUACAAGGAGAUACUCUACCAGUAGUAGCAAAAGUGGUUACAAUGCUGACGGGUCGAGAAAAAAUGACAUUGAAAUCGGCACUGGCGUCGGCACGAUGAAUGAUGAGGGAGAUAACGAAGGCGAUCCAUCCAAAAAAAAGAAACUUGGUGCUAAAAUUAAGAUGCGACUUCAACGGGGCCUUGCCAACAUGGGGACGAACACGAAAGCUGACAUUGAGAUUUUUAAAAAAAUUGUCAAACCCCACAGGAAAAAAUUGUUGAGGUCCUUUAGGAAAAUAGCGACACACAUCGUGCUUCCCUCUUUAUUCAUGGCCGUUCUCUUGUUUUAUGGGUUCGAAAACCCACCUAACGGAGUGGCGCUGGCACCCUGCAAAGAUUCAACUGAUAAUACCAAUGCAUUGAAUAAAAAAGUGAAGGAGACUCCAUCCCCUACGCCUCCGCCCCCGACCGUUGCUCCGUCAAAUAUCCCGUCUGAAUUUCCGACAAAGACCCCUACUCCGUCACAGUUCCCAACAAAGCUUUCCGAAGCUUCAAACCUACCAACCACCUCUUCUCCAACCACGUCGCCUACUAGAAAACCAACCUACACCUUUGUUGACAAGAAGAACGAAACCUUGUGCACAAGCGAAGAGAUAUCCUUGAAACAAGCAUCAGUGUCGUGGUGGUUUUUGUUCGUGGGAGUCCGUCAAGUCAUCACACUCUGUCUCGCUGUUGUGAUGCAGGUAAUCGUCAUUGAUUUCGUUGCUUUUCGAACGAGGUAUCUUCCCCAACUCAUGGGUACAGAGUUGACAUUGGCCAUUGCACAAUCAAAAGGAUGGCCCUGUAUUUUAUUCUUUUGGGCCAUUUUCGAUAUGAUAUUCCUGUUUGGUAAGAGUCGAUUUGCCCGCAACUGGCUGUAUUACCAAGAUUAUAUUGAUUUGUUUAAUGCAAACAAUCCAAGCGGUGACAUUCCAAAUAACAAACACUACAAGAAAAUCAUUUUCUUUUCGAUUCCGCUAAGUGCUGCCGUGACUUUAAAACGUACAGUGAUGGCCAACUUUGUUGGACAGCGCGUCGUCGGUGAGUCUGUUUAUGUAUUGGAGUGACAAUGGAUCAGAUUGCACAACAGAACAAUCCAUUAAC